UGGCAUUUUACAUGCGGAUCUUGGAUGGUCGAAUUCCCACACGUGCUAGACAGAAGAGCGCUCUGACUCCAGACCCGACCCUUGCCAUAUUAUCCAUGCUGUUUCACUGAGCCUAUCCAGAGAUAGUCACCUCACCUCCCCCACCCCCCCGGGAGGGGGCUGAAAAAGCAAGUGGUGGGAACAGCUUUGAGAAAGGAGAAACUAAUGAAAGCCUAGCCCCGGUCAAAGGGCUUGGUGAUAUGGACACAAACCAUGGAAAACAAACCGGAGACGACGGAGUGCAGCCGGGGCAGGAGGACAGGUGGAUUGCACCUGGGCACCCGCUCUCAUUUCUCAUGGUGGCCCCGGAACAGGUUCACGUAUGGCCAGCUCACGAGGGCCCACCCUUUGGCCUCCAGCCUCGCCAGCAUCUGGCCCAAGGGCGGGCACGGAAGGUCCUCAGCCGAGGUGUCGCGGAGCACUGGACAUACCUCCUGCCCCCUGAGGUCUGCAGCCUCCUGAACCCCGCAGCCAUCUAUGCCAACAAUGAGAUCAGCCUGCGUGACGUCGAGGUCUACGGCUUCGACUAUGACUACACGCUGGCCCAGUACGCGGACGCGCUGCACCCCGAGAUCUUCAGUGCCGCCCGCGACAUCCUGAUCGAACAGUACAAGUACCCAGAGGGGAUUCGGAAAUAUGACUAUGACCCCAGCUUUGCCAUCCGUGGCCUGCACUACGACAUUCAGAAGAGCCUCCUGAUGAAGAUUGACGCCUUCCAUUACGUGCAGCUGGGGACAGCCUACAGGGGCCUCCAGCCCGUGCCAGACGAGGAGGUGAUCGACCUGUACGGGGGCACCCAGCACAUCCCCCUGUACCAGAUGAGCGGCUUCUACGGCAAGGGCCCCUCCAUCAAGCAGUUCAUGGACAUCUUCUCACUGCCGGAGAUGGCCCUGCUGUCGUGCGUGGUGGACUACUUCCUGGGCCACGGCCUGGAGUUUGACCAAGCGCACCUGUACAAGGACGUGACGGAUGCCAUUCGCGAUGUGCACGUGAAGGGCCUCAUGUACCAGUGGAUCGAGCAGGACAUGGAGAAGUACAUCCUGAGAGGGGACGAGACGUUCGCCGUCCUGAGCCGCCUCGUGGCCCACGGGAAACAGCUGUUCCUCAUCACCAACAGUCCCUUCAGCUUCGUGGACAAGGGGAUGAGGCACAUGGUGGGUCCCGACUGGCGCCAGCUCUUUGACGUGGUCAUCGUCCAGGCGGACAAGCCCAGCUUCUUCACUGACCGGCGCAAGCCUUUCAGAAAACUCGACGAGAAGGGCUCCCUGCAGUGGGACCGCAUCACCCGCCUGGAGAAGGGCAAGAUCUACCGCCAGGGAAACUUGUUCGACUUCCUGCGCCUGACCGAGUGGCGUGGCCCCCGGGUACUCUACUUCGGAGAUCACCUCUACAGUGACCUGGCGGACCUCAUGCUGCGGCACGGCUGGCGCACGGGCGCCAUCAUCCCCGAGCUGGAGCGCGAGAUCCGCAUCAUCAACACGGAGCAGUACAUGCACUCGCUGACCUGGCAGCAGGCGCUCACGGGGCUGCUGGAGCGCAUGCAGACCUAUCAGGACGCCGAGUCCCGGCAGGUGCUGGCUACCUGGAUGAAGGAGCGGCAAGAGCUGAGGUGCGUCACCAAGGCCCUGUUCAACGCCCAGUUUGGGAGUAUCUUCCGCACCUUCCACAACCCCACCUACUUCUCCCGGCGCCUCGUGCGCUUCUCCGACCUCUACAUGGCCUCGCUCAGCUGCCUGCUCAACUACCGCGUGGACUUCACCUUCUACCCGCGCCGCACGCCGCUGCAGCACGAGGCCCCGCUCUGGAUGGACCAGCUGUGCACGGGCUGCAUGAAGACACCCUUCCUCGGCGACAUGGCCCACAUCCGCUGAAGGCACCUUUAUUGUCCGGGGCCGGCCCCCCGCCCCUCCUGCCCUGCCUCUGGCCUCCGUCCCGACAAGCAAUAAAAGCCGUCUCCUUCCGGCUUGGUGCGUCCGGU